AGCGCCACCAACAUCUCAACAUCCAUCAUGGCCAAGCCGAAACGAAAGCACUGGUCUGAGAAGAAGGCAGAGAAGAAGGCUCGACGUGAGAACGCCGAAGCCAACGGUGGCGACGAUGAAAAGAAGGAAGAUGAGUAUGACCGACGUAACCACUUCCCGGCCGCGAUCCACCCAGGUUCGUACGCAUCCCAACUGGAUGCCACCGACACGACCGACAAGUGUGGCACUGCGACGAAGAAGCGCUACGGACUGCUGUUGGCAUAUGGGGGCAAGCAAUACUCGGGCAUGCAAAUGAACAUCGGCGUCAAGACCGUCGAAGCCGAGCUCGAGCGUGCAUUGUAUGAAGCAGGUGGCAUUGCUCGCUGCAACUAUGGCAUGAUCCAAAAGAUUGGAUGGAAUCGCGCCGCCCGCACGGACAAGGGUGUCCACGCCGCCGGUCAGCUGGUCUGUGCCAAGCUAUGCAUUGAGGAUGGCAAGGUUGAAGAAUUUCGACUUAAAGUCAACUCAUUCUUGCCAACCGACAUCCAAGUGUUGGAAAUUGUGCUCGUGACAAAGAACUUUAACGCGAAAAACUCGUGCGAUCGCCGAACGUAUGAGUACUUGACGCCAACGUUUGUGUUUGCCCCCAAGGCUGCUGCUGCAGACUCGUCCGAGGGAGGAGGCGCGGCGGCGGCCGGCCCAUGGACGGCCAAGACGAACGACGAGUUCCAAUCCCUGGAGGUCGAUCCAGCUGCGUGGGCCAAGCAAAAAGAGUUCCGUUUGGAUGCGUCUGCGUUGGAGAAGCUUCGGGAGACGUUGGCCAUCUUUGAAGGCACGCACAACUUUCACAAUUAUACGUCCAAGUUGCCGCCCUACAGCCCCAAAUGCAAACGAUACAUUUUGUCGUUUGAAGCCGACACGCCGUUUGUGAAGAACGGCACCGAGUGGAUUCGUCUGCGCGUGAUUGGCCAAAGCUUUCUGCUGCAUCACAUCCGCAAGAUGAUUGGUACGACCAUGGACGUACUUCGAGGGUCGACACCGGCGUCAACGAUCACGAAAGCGUUCGAACAGACCAAAAUGGACCUGCCCAAAGCGCCCAGCGCAGGCUUAUACUUGGCCAAGGCGCAUUUUGAAGUGUACAACGACAAGAACGAAAACCAUCGGCCGAGUUUGGCGUUCGACGAGCCCGACCAAGUGGCACGCAUCGAAGGCUUCAAGGAAGCGUUCAUCUUCCCCGAGAUCAUGGAGCGCGAGGAGCAGGACGCGGUCUUCCCCCUCUGGCUGCUGCAGCUGGACGCCAUCCCGUUCUCGUACACGACGUGUCCGUAUGACGAGUGGCGGGCCAAGAAGGACGAAGAAACCAAACGCAAGCAAAGCGGUGGGGGAGUCCCCGACUCGGAUGACGAGCAAGGCGAAGACGACGACGAAUAGACGACAGGAGAAUAUACCAACGUUGUAUACCACUUCGCCGUCGUCCGUUCGUUGUUUGUAUCAUGUGCGUUGCCCUAGGCUACAUAGAGUCCCUAUCAUUUGAGAGAAUCAAAG